AUGGCCGACCGCUCGAGCAAUAUGCUGAAAAGGCCACACGCGGAAGAGAAUGAUCUCGAGAGCCAGAAGCGGGUCAGAUCCAACGAUGGCUCGCCUCGUGCUGCAACACCGGGGUCAGCGACGCCUGGCACGAAGCCCGACGUGAACCAAAUGCUGGCGGCUGCCAGAGCGAGAGCGGAAGAGUUGAAGGCCAGACUGGCAGCCAAUCGUCCUGGAGCGACAGGUUCACCGGCACCGCCUACACCCAGUGCGAGUGACCGGAUUGCUCAAUUAAAGGCUCGCGUGGCUGCGGCGACGAGUCGCUCGGCUGCACUGAGUUCGCAAAGACCAAAUACUCCCACGACGAGCAGCUACACUCCGCCGACGUUCAGCGAUGAUACUUCACGGGCCCGUGGAGGCCUGGAUGUCGGGCUGCACCCUGCGCUGCUCGGCGACAUACAUCAAGACAUCCAGCGAAGUAAAGGCCGGACACCUCAACCGAAGUUCGCGACGGCUAUGGGGAACCAGAGGACAGGAUUUCCCGGUUCGGAGAGAGCGCAGUUGGACCUUUCAGCGCCGUCGCUGGACGAACUAAAAUCCAAUCCAUAUUUCGACCCCAGUCUGGGCACGCGCAAUGUGAUCCCCAAAGAGCGACAUUCGCGACAGUUGAUCUUCAAUGAGAAGGGGAAGUACAUCCAGCAAGCGGCGGCGCUGCGGCGGCAAGCGCAGCUGGAGGCGAUGAAGAAGAAGAUUGCCGAGCGGGCAAGACAGGCCGGGCUGGAGGAAGACAUGGACACAGACAAGGCGUUCCUAGUCCCGGCUCCGCCGGAGAUCGAAUGGUGGGACGAAGGACUGGUGGACGGCAAGUCCUACGACGUGAUAGACGACCCGUCGAAGCUGAAGAUCGACACGCCAGACUCCAUCAUCACAAUCUAUAUCCAACACCCCGUGCUGAUUGAGCCGCCGCAGGAGAAAAACGCUCCGACGCCGAAGCCCAUGUAUCUGACCAGCAAAGAGCAGGCGAAACUGCGCCGACAGCGCCGCAUGGCCGAGUUGAAGGAACAACAGGCCAAGAUCCGACUGGGCUUGGAGCCGCCGCCGCCACCGAAAGUCAAAAAGGGCAAUCUGAUGCGCGUCCUGGGCGAAGAGGCCGUCAAGGACCCGACGGCCGUGGAGGCGCGCGUCAACCGCGAGAUCGCCGAGCGCGCCCACAAGCACGAGGAGACGAACGAGGAGCGCAAGCUGACCAAGGAGCAACGCCUCGAGAAGCUGGAGCGCCAACAGGCCGAGGACGCCGCCCACGGCAUCCACGUGCGCGUUUACCGCAUCGACAGCCUGGCCAACGGCAAACACCGCUACCAGAUCUCCGUCAACGCCGACCAGAACAAGCUGACCGGCGUCGUCAUCCUGCAUCCGAAGCUGAAUCUGGUCGUCGUCGAGGGCGGCGAGCACUCCAUCCGCAAGUACGACAAGCUCAUGCUGCACCGCAUCAAGUGGCAGGAGAUGGAGGCCCCGCGCGCCGUCGAGGAGGGGAACCGCGAGGAGCUGGCCAAGUGGCUCGAGGCCGAAGACGAGAAUGGCGAGCUGAAGGAUCUGAGCUUCAACAAGUGCGACCUCAUCUUCAGCGGCCAGGCCAAGCAGCGCAAUUUUCGCAAGUGGUUGGGCGCCCGCGUCUGCGAGACGGAUGCGCAGGCCAAAGACGUCCUGACUCGCGGCAAGAUGGAGAGUUUCUGGAACUUGGCCAAGAGCUUCAAGAGGGAAGUGUGA